AUGGUGUUCAUCCUGGGAGUCAGCUUCCACGAGGGGCAGCUGGUCAAGAAAGCCCUCGAGUCCUUCUAUGCCCUCGGCCCGACAACCUCUGCCCGCAUCAUGGCCAAAUACUCGAUUCACAACCUCGCCAAAGUGGGCUCAUUAGCACCUAGGACGGUGACUUCCCUUACAGCCGAGUUGUCGCAAAUGUCGAUAGAGACCGACGCAAGGAGACAAGUACAGGAAAACAUCAGGAGAUUGAAGGACAUAGGCUCGUACCGAGGUAGGCGGCAUGCCAUGGGUCUGCCUGUCCGGGGCCAGCGAACGAGGACACAGACGGCGACAGCCAACAAGCUCAACAGAGUCGAUCGCAGGGCUUAG